CUCCUCGUCCUGUCUACCUCAGUGCCCCUGAGCCUGCCGGGAGCUCUUUUGGGAGGUGGGGGAAGGAACCGUCGAGAAGGAGAGCGGGGCGAAGUAUGUGCGCGGGUCCUAAGCGGGCACAGGCACGAUUCAAGUCCAGUUUGUCGGCACUACUUUACAGCACGGUCCGAGCGGCGGAGGACUCCCUGAAACUUGUCCGGACUUGUGUCGUUGUCGGCGGCUGACUGAUCCUCCGUGUGUCCGCUGGUUGGGGGACAGAGUCUGCUUUCGGCCCUUCUGUAACAUCUCCGCAGACAGAAGAACAGUUAAGGACUAACCGUUUUCUGCUCACAAACUAAGAUUCGUUCACACGUUGCUUCUUCUUUUUCCCCUCGGUUUAUUAAUUUGGUCGUCCCGCGUGAGAUGCGGUUGUCGCCGUCGGAUCCCGCUUGUUGAUAGUUUUACGGCGGCUGUAAGAUUAGCCACAGCUUUUUUUUUUUUUAACUUUCCAAAAAACUCCACUCACAAGCAGCGAGAAAAUGUCCACGCAGAGGUUCAAAAAGGAUAAAGAAAUCAUCGCCGAAUACGAGAGUCAAGUUAAAGAGAUCCGGACCCAGCUGGUGGAACAGCAGAAAUGUCUGGACCAGCAGACGGAAAUGAGGGUGCAGCUACUGCAGGACCUCCAGGACUUCUUCAGAAAGAAGGCAGAGAUUGAAAUGGAAUAUUCCAGAAACUUAGAGAAACUAGCUGAGCGCUUCAUGGCAAAGACUCGCAGUACCAAGGAUCACCAACAGUACAAGAAAGACCAGAACCUGCUGUCCCCAGUCAACUGCUGGUACCUGCUGCUGAACCAGGUGAGGAGGGAGAGUAAGGACCAUGCGACGCUGAGCGAUAUCUACCUCAACAACGUCAUCAUGAGGUUUAUGCAGAUCAGUGAGGACUCCACACGGCUGCUCAAGAAGAGCAAGGAAAUAGCUUUUCAACUCCAAGAAGACUUAAUGAAGGUCCUAAAUGAGCUUUACACAGUGAUGAAGACUUACCACAUGUACCACUCGGAGAGCAUCAGUGCUGAGAGCAAACUGAAAGAGGCUGAGAAGCAAGAGGAAAAGCAGAUCGGGAGAGCAGAUCCCGUCUUCAACAUCCGAAUGGAGGAAAAAUACCAGAGGCGAAGCUCUGUGAAGAAGAUUGAGAAGAUGAAAGAGAAGCGCCAAGCUAAGUACUCUGAGAACAAGCUGAAGUCAAUCAAAGCAAGGAACGAGUACCUGCUAACGUUGGAAGCGACAAACGCCUCUGUUUUCAAAUACUAUAUCCACGACAUGUCUGACUUAAUUGAUUGCUGUGAUUUGGGGUACCACGCCAGCCUGAAUCGGGCUUUGAGGACCUACCUGUCAGCCGAGUACAACCUAGAAACAUCACGCCACGAAGGUCUUGACAUUAUUGAAAAUGCUGUGGACAAUCUGGAUCCACGAAGUGACCGGCAGAGAUUUAUGGAAAUGUACCCCACAGCCUUUUGUCCACCAGCAAAAUUUGAGUUCCAGUCGCACAUGGGAGAUGAGUUAUGUCAUAUCUCAGUGCAGCCACCAGUGAAUGGAGAGCUCAUGCUAAGGUUCCAGCAGCUGCAGUCCCGCCUGGCAACUCUGAAAAUAGAGAACGAGGAGAUCAAGAAGACAUCAGAGGCCACUCUGACCACCAUCCAAGACAUGGUGACCAUUGAGGACUAUGAUGUUUCUGAGUGUUUCAACCACAGUCGCUCUACUGAGUCAGUCAAGUCCACUGUGUCGGAGACGUACCUCAGCAAGCCCAGCAUUGCCAAGAGGAGGGCCAACCAGCAGGAGACAGAGCAGUUCUACUUCAUGAAAUUCCGGGAGUUUCUGGAGGGCAGUAAUCUCAUCUCCAAACUGCAGGCCAAACACGACUUGCUGAAGAGGACACUUGGCGAAGGCCACAGAGCUGACUACAUGACCACAAGACAUCCCAACGGGCCAUACAAAACCAACACUGGAACCCGGCGGGCUAGACCCCGCUCCAUGAUUAAUGUUAGGUUAUUUAAUGGCAAUUUGGAGUCAUUUAUCAAGGACUCUGGACAAGCAAUUCCACGUGUGGUUGAAAGCUGUAUUCGUUACAUUAAUCUGUAUGGCCUUCAGCAUCAAGGAAUAUUCCGUGUGUCUGGAUCCCAGCUGGAGGUCAAUGACAUCAAGAACUCAUUUGAGAGAGGAAAUGACCCUCUCACAGAUGAUGAGAGUAAUCAUGACAUCAACUCAGUGGCAGGUGUUCUCAAACUCUACUUCCGAGGUUUGGAGAAUCCUCUGUUCCCCAAAGAGAGAUUCAGUGAUCUGCUUUCCUGCAUCAGAAUAGACAACCUAUAUGAGAGAGCACUUUACAUCCGUAAGAUCCUCCUAACCAUUCCACGAUCAGUCCUCGUCGUCAUGCGCUACCUCUUUGCCUUCCUCAACCACUUGUCCCAGUACAGUGAUGAGAACAUGAUGGAUCCUUAUAAUCUGGCCAUAUGUUUUGGUCCAACACUGAUGCCCACACCGGACAGUCAGGAUCAAGUCUCUUGCCAGGCUCAUGUCAAUGAAAUCAUCAAGACCAUCAUCAUCCACCAUGAAACCAUUUUUCCUGAUGCCAAAGAACUGGACGGACCCAUCUAUGAGAAGUGCAUGGCCGGAGGAGACUAUUGCGAGAGCCCAUACAGCGAGCACGGGGCUCUGGAGGAGGUCGACAAUGAAGGAGGGACAGAGACGCACACCAGCGAAGACAGGGGUGAGCCCAUCGAAGCCAUUGCUAAGUUUGACUACGUUGGCCGGUCUUCCCGAGAGCUAUCCUUCAAAGGUGCCUCAUUGCUGCUAUAUCAGCGAGCGUCAGAAGACUGGUGGGAGGCGCACAAUGGCAUCGACGCUGUGCCACAUCAAUAUAUCGUAGUACAAACAUGUGAGUGUUUAGAUGACAACUUCUCAGACACACUGAGUCAGAAAGCUGACAGCGAGGCCGGCAGCGGCCAUGCUGCAGAAGAUAAAUGCUUGGGGAAAGACAUCACCUCGCCCACUGACAGCAGGAUCUCUGAGGUUUACAUCACCAGCAGACACCGCAAAAGAUCAGACCCACCAUCUCGCCGUCCCCCAGUCCGCCCCACUGAUGUCCACUGUAUGGUGCACCCCUCCCAGCAGGGUCAUGGAGGACAUGGUGGAACCCCAGAGAUCAGUUCCCCUGUUUUGAGCCACUUUAGCCCGCGAGACAUGCUGCGGAGUCGUAACCACAUGCCUAUGGACAGCCCCGAACGUCGCCGUCGUACUGGCCACAGUAGUCUGACCAACAUCAGCCGCCACGAGUCCCUGAAGAAGACUGAAAUCCCACCGAUCCGACGCUCCACCUCCUCGGGCCAGUACACGGGUUUUUCUGACACGCACCACCAUGGCGGCAAAGCGCUGGAUCCGGAGACCAUCGCACAGGACAUAGAGGAAACCAUGAACACGGCUCUGAAUGAGCUGCGUGAGCUGGAGAGGCAGAGCUCGGCCAAGCACGCCCCGGAUGUGGUGCUGGACACCCUGGAGCAGCGGCAGACCUUAGAGAGCGGCGGCGGCAGUGGUGGUGGUGGCAGCCCCACGCCGGCCAGCUCCAGUGAGUCUCUGAGCCCCAUCCAUGGCAUCCCACUGAGGUCCACCGCCAACAUGGAGCCGCCCAACCGCCGCAGCACCAGCUCUUCAAGCGACACUAUGAGCACCUUCAAACCGGUGGUGGCACCCCGCAUGGGGGUGCAGCUCAAACCGCCUGCCUUGAGACCUAAACCCAUGGUCCUACCGAAGUCCAACCAGGCACCGCAGCCUGUUGCUGCGUCGCCUCAGGACCCUCUGGACAAGUCUUGCACCAUGUGACCUGCGACGUGUACUACGACAAAAACACUUCAUGUGUUACUUCCAGGGGAUUUACAAUCUCGCCACCAGCGUCUGUGUUUCCUCAACAAAACAAACUGUAUCUUAGGAAGUGUAAAAUAGAUGAAAUGGACUGGAAGAGACUAACUGCAUGUGCAAACAUACAGACUGCUGUAACAGAACAGAACCAGCUGGACAGGUCUGUCCAGGUGGCACGUGCACAGUUGUGUGCUGAUAUUCUUAGGUUAAAAAUAUCAUGUUUUUAUUAUAAUUAUUAUAAAUAGAAACAACAAAUCACAAAGGCUUCCUGUAGCUUUUAGAAUACUUACACUUGUUGAUUUAGUUUACAGACAUCAGUGAGUAUUGGAACAAAAGUCACGCAUGUAGCUGCUCCGUUUGUUCCUGAGCCUGUAAUUAUUAUGAACUGUAGAGUAGCAGAAACAGAUGUGUUUUUAAAGCUGCAGUAACUGUUUAUAAUGUCGGUAAAGAUGCACCGGGUCAAACUUUCACCUCACUUGGUUCCAUGUUACUAACAACAAAAAGGUGCUGUGAAAACCAGGACACCAGUGAUCUAAUGUUUCAGGCGAUAACGGCUUUUUGCUCGCCCGUGGUAACUAACGGUACGCUGUCGCUACACUUAUUUAAUCGGAAUGCCUGUUUUAUUCGUUAGCGUGUAAACUCUGCAAACUGCCAAGCUUGUUCUCGAAAAUACAUCAUGUUUGUAUUGAAUUGGUUAGAAUAUAAUUUAACGUGCAACUUUCUGGAUUGUCUGGUUUGAGAUGCCUGUUGGAUAAAACCACUGAGUUUAAAAACAACUCUUGAUUUCCUGCAUCAUGUUUGAAAAAA